AUGCUUGUAAAAGAAUAUCGAAUAUGCUUGCCGAUGACGGUAGAGGAAUACAGAAUCGCACAGCUUUACAUGAUCCAGAAAAAAUCUCGAGAAGAAAGCACUGGACGUGAGAGCGGUGUUGAAAUACUCAAGAAUGCGCCAUAUACUGACGGCCCUGGAGGGAACGGUCAGUAUACAUUCAAAAUAUAUCACGUGGAAAACCAUAUACCAGGCUGGCUGCGUGCCGUAAUACCGAACGCAGCGCUGAGAGUUGAGGAGGAGGCCUGGAAUGCUUAUCCUUACACAAAAACGCGAUAUAGGGUGCCCUUUAUGGAGAAGUUCUCCCUCGAAAUCGAAACUAGGUAUUUGGAUGAUGCAGGAGAAAGCGAAAAUGUCUUCGAUAUGUCUCCUGCCGAUUUGAACACCCGCAUUGUCGACUACAUCGACAUAGUGACUGAUCCCCUGGCGCCCUCAAAGCCGACUGAGGACCCCUCCACCUACGUUUCCCAGGUGACUGGACGCGGUCCCCUCUCGGCUGGCUGGCGCAGCGAGUUUAAGGAGGCCAUGCGCACGGGGCGGAAGUAUCCUUGUCAGGGCGCCAAACCGGACGCUACGGGAGGCGUUCCCACCGAGCCCCUUCCCAUGCGUAUCAUGUGCUCUUACAAGGUGUGCCGUGUGGACUUCCGCUAUUGGGGCAUGCAGUCCAAAAUCGAGAGCUUCAUUCAGGACUAUGCCCUCCGUCGUACGAUGGUGAGCGCACAUCGACAGGCGUGGACGUGGCAGGAUGAGUGGUACGGCCUCACUAUGACAGAGAUUCGACAACUCGAAGCGGAGACUGCCAAGGCACUGGCCUUGAAGAUGGGCCAGUCGGAGGACGGUAGCCUUGAAGUCACCCCCGCUAUACCCGAUAGUGAUUCGGUGGCAAUAGCUGAUUAUCAGCGGGGCCAACAGUUGAACCAAGAUGCUGACAAGAGAAAAGCCGAUGAAGGCGGAACUGAGCAUGAGUCAGUAGCUCCUCACAUGAAUUUCGGAUCUUGCAUGAGCUUUGCGUCGGAGUCCGAACGGGCCUCGGUGUUUCAAAGCAUGCCUGGGUCGGAUGGAGAUGAUGAGGACUUUUUUGACGCUCACUCUGUGAACACAACUGGUGAGGUUCCCUUCGCUCUUUCCUCAACUGCCACCGAAGGCGUCCAUAGCACCAAAACUGAGGAAAUCGCUCAAACAAAUGUUCUUCUCUUUGUUGUUUACGGAGGUUGUUUACAAGAGAAGUCUGCUGAUGAGUCUAGCAAAUACUCUGACUUUGCUACAUUCAAGUCUCUGGUGGAAUCAACGUUGAAGAAUUUCUUCCCUGAUUUGCAGUUACGAGUAAUUAUGCAACUGGUUUUGUGUCCCUCUAUGGCUGCGGAUAUGCUGCGGUCACUAAAUGCGCUCGACCCAGCUAUGCUUGAACCGAGUAUCUCGGAUGCAAAGAAAGGGACAAUGCGAAGCAUUACUUCAUUAGGAAAUAUUCCACUUCUUCUAACAACAUCAUCUCACUAUCCUAACGACGUCCAUCGACUGGCUCAACAGUUGAAUGAGAGAUACGUUGAGUUUCGGAACUCUAUCGAUGGAAUUCACUUCAGUGGCAACGUGUUUGUGGUCGCAGAUAGUAUUGGAUCCAUAAUGACCUACGAUCUUCUGGUUUCUUGUUGCCCUGACUUUAAACACGAUGACAUUUUUACAAAUUUGGACAGCCUCCAACAGGACAUUCAUGACGCCCCCUCUCUCCUCUUUGACGUACAAGACGUUUUCCUUCUGGGUUCGCCUUUGGGUCUCUUGCUCUCUCUUCGUCGACGAUUAGGGCUGAGUUCCGGUAGCCACAUCAGAUAUUACGCCGACGGUUCCAUCCCACUUCGACCGGCCUGCGAACAGGUCUUCAACAUUUUCAAUUUGGCGGACCCCUUUGCCUAUCGACUGGAGCCCCUCUUGGACGCCUCCUUUAAAAGCAUCCCCGUCGUCCACCUGCCCACCGCCUCUAACUGUUCUGACCAGUGGCAGCGCCUGCGGGAGCACCUCUUCUCGGUUGUGACCGUCAACGGCUAUCCUACAGACCACCAAGACGCUCCUCAUUACCACCCUUCAUCUUCCUCUCUCUCCUCCGAUAGAGCCGAUGAACGGAUUCUGGGUGGCUGGUGGGGAUCGCAACGUUUGGACAUGGGCUUGUGCUGUACCGAAGAUGUCCAAAACAUCCUCGCACGCGCUCUUCCUCCUCUCGUUCAUUCGAGCUAUUGGGAGUCCAAGGAUACCAGCUGCUUCAUUCUAGCCGAGCGGCUUCGGGGUGGAGCCUCGUGCUUGGGCGAGCCCAGUGGGCACAUUGCGGAGGGCAACCUUGGCAACACCCUCGUCUCCCACUUCAAAAGCCACUCCUCCUCACUCCGCACCUACAGCUCCUCGCCCUCAAUGAACUCUAAUCCCACUGCUGCUGGCAACGAGGCCGGUGGUCUGGGUCGGCAAUUCCGCAGUUCCAUCUCUAAUCGGCUGCGAUUCAAGUCGAAACCGACCGAACGGAUUAAAACAAAUAAUCCCAAUCAUCGGGCUAACGAUGCCAUUGUUCUAGAGGGCCAACCACAGGUCAUUAAUGCCCGAUUCACCUUUGGCACUCUCGACCUCUCCUCGAUGGCGAACGAAGAGGUGGAAAUCUUCUACCGUUUACAACCGAUGAUCGAUGCGAAGGGGGUGGGGUGGGAGCGUCUAGGCAGCCAGAUUACCGACUCCAACGGCCGCCUCACAUUUCAGCUAUCUGAGGCCUCUCGACUGCCGGUGGGUCUGCAUCGCAUCCAACUCGUCCCCGUCAUCGGCGAGCCCAACGAACAGGCAGUAGAACUUACUCUCGCCAUCGUUCCGCCCAACUGCAAUGUCGUCAUUUGUAGCAUCGAUGGCUCCUUUGCUGCCAGUCUCUCUCUCAUGGGGAAGGAUCCGAAAGUGCGACCGGGCAGCGUGGACAUAAUGCGCCACUGGUACGCGCUGGGCUACCUCCUCAUCUACAUUUCGGCGCGACCGGACAUGCAGCACCGCCAGGUCGCCUCGUGGCUCGCCCAGCACAAUUUUCCGCCAGGCCUCACUUUCUUUCUGGACGGCAUCUUCACCGACCCUCUGCGGCAAAAGGCUCUCCUCCUCAAGUCCCUUGUUGAACAGAACCAACUAUCCGUGCACUGCGCCUACGGAUCGGCUAAGGAUGUGCCAAUCUACCGGUCCUUAGGUCUUCAAGCGCACCAAAUAUUUGCGGUGGGAAAGCUCUCUCGUCGUCAGGCUCUGGAAGCAACCCCAAUCCGAGAGGGUUAUGCAUUGCACUUCAAGGCGCUAAUGAACCAGCAGCAUCUCUCGACCCCGGCCACUGGGCCACUGAGUGCGGCGGUGCUGCGAAAUGCGGCUGAAUUUCUUUACUCCUCUGCCGCGUCGUCUGAACCGUCCGCUGUCAUCUUUGAUCUACCGGGAACGGGGAAUGACGUUAUACCCGUGUCCGUGCCCUCGUCCCCUCCAUUACACCGCCGGGCGCCAAAUGGAGUAGGCCAAUACGAGAAGCGUGGUUACUUGGUCAUGGCUGAUCCGACAAGUCUCGAAGCUGAUGCUGAUGACUUUAUUAAACGAGCGCAACACUUCGAAAAUGCGAAAGAUUUCGAUCUGGCAGUAUUCUACUAUGCUGAGGCAGUUCAGGCAUGGUUGAAUGCGAGAAAUGCGGGUUCUACAAAUCCUGAUAUUUUGACGCUUGCGCGUUCGUACACGAAACACGCUGAGGAAUUGGUUGAGAAGAGAGAUGCAGCGGGGUCGGCUGUGAAAGUCCCGCAGCAAAAUAUGGAAGUUGAGCGGGCGAAAUGCCUCCUCAAUGAGGCACUGGAAGCAGAUGAACAGGAUAAUACCGUAGACGCUCUCAAUCUGUACAGUCAAGCUAUCGAAGUACUCUUGAAAGUGCGUAAUGAAACGAACGAUCGAGCUUUUCGUGAAAAAGUUGAACGAUUAGCCAGACAAGCGCUAGAGAGGGCUGAGGCACUGAAGAGCGCUGUUAAGUCACCUCCACUGUCCAAAGCAUCGUGUGCACGAACAUCAAGCCACCGAUCUCGCAGUGGAGAAGGAGGGAAUUAUACAAGGAAUGAGCUUCGCGUUUUGCGGAAAACGUCUACAAUCAACGGCCGAGAGUAUUUGCCUUUUCUUGACGUAGUCGACAGUCAUGAGCGGUUCGCCUUUGCUCAACCGUUUAUGGAUCAGCAUGGGCUGAUUGCUUUGUCUUCUAAACAGCGGUCUAGCUUCGUUAAGUGGGUGCGGCCGAGUGAUUUUUUGAACGACCCGACAAUGAUUAUCACAGUUUCCUGUUUUCCGAUUCGUCAAACCUGUGUAACUGAUUGUUCUUUUGUGGCCUCGAUGGCUGUCGCUGCUCAGUAUGAACGCAGGUUUAAAAAGCGUCUCAUAACCAACAUUAUUUACCCACAAAAAAAGAAUGGUGAGCCCGUCUACAAUCCAUGUGGGAAGUACAUGGUAAAAUUGCACUUGAAUGGUGUUCCUCGGAAAAUAAUUAUUGACGAUCGGUUACCCAUGGGCUACCACGACGAGCUGUUGUGCUCCUUUUCGACCAACAAAAAUGAACUCUGGGUCUCCCUCCUCGAGAAAGCCUAUAUGAAGGUUAUGGGCGGUUACGACUUCCCCGGUUCAAAUUCGAAUAUCGACUUGCACGCAUUGACGGGCUGGAUUCCAGAGCGCAUCUCGAUAAAGUCGAGCGGCACUAACGAAUUCGAUGCAGACCGCGAGUUUCGGCGUUUGGAGAAGCGAUUUCACCGAGGCCAUUGUCUGGUUACUGUAGCGACAGGACUGCUCACUCCGGAAGUCGAACAGCGCAGUGGUUUGGUUCCCACUCAUGCCUAUGCUCUCCUGGACAUGCGGCAAGUCGAUCAAACAAGACUCCUGCUUCUCAAGAAUCCAUGGAGUCGAACACGCUGGAAAGGCAACUUUUCUGAUCUGGACACCGAACACUGGACGCCCGAGAUGCAAAGAAAGCUUGAUUACGAUCUGAAUAGCGCUCGCUAUGUAGACAAUGGUGUAUUUUGGAUCGAUUACAAAUCGCUCCUUUACUUCUUUGACGUCUUUUAUAUCAACUGGAACCCCGAACUAUUCCCUUACACCACCUGCGUUCAUAGUGAGUGGUCCGCCUCUGAGGGACCGAGGAAAGACGUUUACUCAUUUGCGAAUAAUCCACAGUAUACUUUGGAGGUUCAGGCCAAGUCCCAAGCUCCCGUUUGGGUUCUCCUCACUCGCCACAUUACUAACAAGAAUGACUUUGCGCACAACAACGAGUUUAUUGGGCUAGUGGUAUACAAGGACAUUCAGAGCCGGAAGGUCUACCACCCUAACGACCCAGUGCCACUGAAGGACAGCGUACGCAUCAACUCACCGCACUGCCUCAUUCAACUAGUGCAGGAGCCGGGUAACGUUACCUACACCCUCGUGGUCUCCCAGUACGAGAAGAACGUUACCAUCCAGUAUACUCUCCGUGCCUACUCUACUGCUCCCAUGCGAUUCAGUCCCAUCAUUGAUCCUUACACUGUUACCAAAACGAUGAACGGAGAGUGGAAGGGCGAGACAGCAGCGGGAUGUCAGAACUACGCCAAUUUCCACAAUAAUCCCACUUUUGAGUUGGUGUGGCCGAAUAACGAGGCGGAUAACCAGGUAUUGGUGGAGGUGCGCGGCCCGCGCGACUUUGCCAUCGGGUUCACAUGGGACGUCGUGAGCCUUACUAACUCUUCGCCCCUCAACACUGCGCGCUCCCUCUCCACCGGCAACUAUCGUCGAGGCUACACCAUGCUGGAAAUGGCGGGACUGUCGGGAGGACGGUAUAAAGUAACAGUGGCGACCUUCGAACCGCUCCAAGAGGGUCCCUUCAUCCUCUCGGUGAAGAGCACUCGCCCACUGACACUCUCUCGGCUUCAGUAA